CCACUCUCUCUCCCUCAGCCUCUCCCUCCACUCGCCCUGCUCACUCGCUCUCUCUCGCUUUCUCUUGUCCUUCUCUUGGUCUCUCUCUCUCACUCUCUCUUUCCGCUCUCUCUUUGUCUUCCUCUAUCCUACUCACUCCGUCGCGCUACUCUCACAUCCAAUUGCUUCCUCCCCUCUUCCUCCCCUCUUCCACCCCUCGCUUCCAUCCACCUGCACGGGGAUCUGUCCACUCCGCCGACAUGCGCUUUUCUUCCUCCUUCUCGCCCACCCCCCGUUAGCGAUGAUCCCGUCUCGUCUCUUGACUUCGUCAGCUUUCGUCCAUGAACGAUCUCCCGGGCCAUGACCGUCCUCCGCCCUCUCCAUCCGCAUCUUCCGCCCCUUCUCCAGAGGCUUGCUCAUCAAGUAUGUUCAAGCAUCUGGAAAAGAAGCUGUAUGAGUUCUGGCUGCCCGUCAUCAACCGUCAUCGUCUCCCAAUCUUCCUCCGAUCGCGCGCCAACUCACCCGAUGGACCACCGCGCCCGCAAACCACCCCCAGGGGCGCAUGGCGGCCCAUGGCCCUGCGCCCCGUCUUCUUGAGCCUGAUCACAACCAUCAUGUUCGCGAUGUUGAUUACCCUGGAGGUUCUGCGCCGAUACUGUGACCAGUAUGGAGGGUUGGUCUUUUUCUCCGACACCGACGAUCUCUCCAACAUGCAGUCGUUCGCUUACAACUACGUACCUAUCAUCGCCGCCCUGGCCCUCGUUACCCUCUGGACCUUUAUCGAUUACGACGUGCUUCGCCUGGAACCCUACUUUCAGAUCGCUCGACCCGAGGGGGCGCCCGCUUCCGUCCUCUUCAUCAACUACAACUUCGGCCAGUCGUUCCUCACCCCCCUUACGUCGGCCCGACGCCACCAUUGGAUCGUCUUGCUGGUCUCCGUCACCACCAUGCUCGUUCGCAUGUUCCUGCCCGCGUUGCAGAGUACUCUCCUCGAACUUCGUGAGAUCAAUAUCCUUGACGAUGACGAGAUGCAAACCUGGCCCAAGUUGUUGGAUCUCGACCAUCAAGCGGGGUGGAUGUUCUCCCAGGAGAGCAAUCCCAACACCACCCUCGCCUCUGUUCUGACGACCAAUACUCAACUACGCGAUUCUCGUUCCUCAAGCUACGCCGUCGCCCCCGUCGAAAUCAGUCUAGAAGAUCGUCAAGAAAAUACCGUCUGGACUUUAAACGAGACCAUCUACUGGGCGCAGCUAUCCUGCGGCGAUGUUAUGAUCGACAAUCACCUGUCCGUGUCCGUGAACGAUAACUCAACCUACCCCCCCGCCGUCUCGUGGAACGUGACCGAUGUCAAACUUCCGGACCUAAAUGGAACCGAUCACGGCUGCAUUCUGGACUUUCACUACAAAAAUAUCUACUUCGAUAACACAGACUAUCUACAAAUUCGGUACUGGGAGCCGGUGUGGCCGAACCGGUCGUACCACUCGCCGGAUCUGAGCUCCGCGUUUACCGCUCGUGGUUGCGAGAAUCCGUACGACCUCUACGGCAUCGUGCUGUCGGUCAAUGCCACCGAAGUGGGAGCCUACAGCAUCAGCGAAAUGGGCUCGGAUUUCACCUCCUCGGCCACCAUAUUCGCCUGCAAGAUCGAUUAUCGCCAGGCAACCGCGCGACUGAGUAUGCAUGCCAACAGUUCGAUCACCAAUGUCACCGUCUUCGCCGAGACUGAGACCGCCCUGUCGGACCAGACGUUCAACAUCCAUGCUUUCCAGGGGCUACUGGCUCAACGUGCACCCUACACGGGGGACAUGCUGUUCAUCGAGAACAAUCAGACGAGCGGCGACACCACCGUGACAGAGCUGCCGGUGAUCAGCCAAAACGUGCGCGACUUGGAGCCGCUUCUGGUGUUGGAUGCAUCGACCAUCAUGACCCCCGACGAGUUUGAAACGAAAGUCACGCGGGGAGUGAUUCAGACCUUUGUGCUCACCUUUGCCCGGCUGUUCAACCCCGACCAAGAACCGACCAGCGUGCCCGCCUUGCGCUUUUCGACCCAGGUCACUAUCUCAGUGGUCGCCUUUGCUGCCUGGUGCUCGGAGAUCAUGCUAGCAUUUGGAAUCGUUCUCACCGUUUGCCUGAUCUAUUUCUAUCAAUCCCGCCCGAAUAUCCUGCAAAGUGAUCCAGGCUCCAUUGGCGCCAUGUGCAGUAUGUUGACGGAUGUCUUUGGGCCGACUAAUAUCUUGGCCGAUCCUCAGACGGAAUUCCAUCAGUUCUCCACACGCCAGCUACGGCAGAUUCUCGAUAACUGUCGCCUCCAAUGGCAGCAGGGUCCGGAAGGUCCCCGGCUUGGAAUUGUCACCGCGGAUGGAUCACCAGUGACCCUACCUUACCAAACUCGGACACGCGUCGACCCAAUGCCUCACUUCCUCGUCGUUCCGAUCUUCAUCGUCGAAUUUCUCUUUUUGGCCGCAAUCAUCACGACCAUGGGCUUGACCGUGGCCUCUCUCGCGCAUGACGGCAGUUUUCAACAUCUCACGCAGCAUGGCUCCAGUUUCCUCCAAGUUGUUCUCUCGUUUCUUCCGUCUGUGGUGGCCUCCUCAGUCGGUGCUCUGUGCAACUCCAUCUUACGAAAUAUCAGCAUUCUAGAGCCUUGGGUCCAUCUUCAACGCGGCAUGGCCACGGCUCAGUCGUCCCUGUCAUUGAACUACGGAUCUCAGAAUCCUUGGGCCGUGUUCCGGAAGGCAGUCCAGGAUCGCCAUGUCCUAUUGGGAUUGGUAUCUUUCACAUGCAUUGCCAACGUGGUGUUGACGAUCGUCGCUGGUGGUCUCUUUACCCAACAAUUGACAGCAUCGUCCCUCCCUUCGAAAUCACUGUAUGCCAACUAUAGCCAGUCUCAUUUUCGACAGACCGAGUUUGCCGCCGACUUCACCGAGUUCGAUCUGAUCCAGACCAGCGUGACGAGUGGCGUGCCCUUGUUGUCAUGGAUGGCGGCAAACUACUCUUUUCUCCCGAUCAGGAACACCAGCCCAAAUCCAGAUGUGUUGUACGGCGCCACCACGCUAGGCAUAGGAGCCGAACUCGAUUGUGUGCCUCUUAGUGUCAAAGAAAGUAUGCGCCAAACCGGCAAUACCCAAUAUUGGGUGUACCAUCCCUUCAACAAUGCGACUCGAGAGUGUACAGUGAACAUGACCGGCCUUGCGCGACCCCACGAAGCUAUUGCUCUGUCCAUUCACUUCCUCUCGCCCUCGUCACAUUCGGAUCGGGACCAGUGUCAGGAGUCGACGUUCCUCGUGGUCGGUCGCUGGAACUAUACGGCUGGAUCAACGUUUACAAGCGAUAACACCAUAGCUCUGCACUGCGAGCCGAAGGUGCAGAUGCAAAAUUUCAGCGUUACGUUUGACCAACGCGGUCAGAUCUGUGAUGUAGACCCUAUCCCUCAUACGUCGAUCACCUCGGGCACUAUGUUUGAGAACGCCACCGCGGCCAUGGGACAAUUCAACAAGAUCUUCGCGGCCAUUCCGCAGAGCUUCGUGGGGGAGGAGCCGGGCCGCAAUGGGUCUUAUGUGUCCUCAUAUGAUUGGGCGGGGUUCUUGGUGGCUCGACUUUACAAACAAGAUCAGAACCACAUUCUGCCUCUGCAGAUCCAGCCCUUGAUGGAGCAUUCGAAGGCGGUGUACCAGUGGGUGUACACGACCUACUUCUCGGUGUGGCGGGAUAUGUACCUCUUGCCAUUGAAAGAGCCCCUGCCCGCCGCCAACGCCACAGUGAUUUCCAAUACCUGGGCUAUGGUGCCGUCUGUCCCGUCGCUGGCUAUAGCACUGGUUCUGAUUGCGUUGGACACGGUGAUGGUGUUAGUCGUCUUUGGUACGCGGCGAGGACGGUUUCGUAGCCCACGCAUGCCGCGGUCGAUUGGCGCGAUUAUCCCGUGGAUCGCAAACAGUCGCAUGCUGGGCGACUUCACUAACACGUAUGCGAUGUCGAGCUCGCAGCGCCGCGAGCACUCCGUGCGCCUCAACAAACGAUAUGGAUUCCGGACAUUCUUGCAGCAGGAUGGGCGGUGGCGGUACGCGGUGGAUGAGGAGCCACCGGCGAUUGACGGUAAACCUCCUGCUGCCGAAGCCCCGGGGCCCGCGGCGCCCCCGGUGGACGAGGCGAAAGGGCCCGAGGUGAUUGAGCUGCAGCCGAUGGGCGAGCCGGAGACGCCUCCCGCUCGCUCGGAAUGAUGAAUUUACGUGAUAUGAAAUGAAGUUUCAAUGAUGUAACAGUAUUAGCAUUUGGAUUGGACGGGAUGGGACAUCAUGGGAAUUGGGCGACUUGGGAUUAUAGAUGCGGAGUCUGGGACUAUUUGUACAUAUAUAUAUGUUUACAUAUUGAAAUAAUGAUCAUGAUUAUCGACGAG